AUGAAAGCUGCGGCAGUUUUAAAAACCAAAGACCAGCUUAUAGCAGAACAAACAGUCCUUGAAGAGCAAAAAGAGCAGCAGCGAGCUGCUGCUAAGGCUAGAAAAGAGCGCAUGCAAGAGCUGGAAAAAGAGCGUCAAAGAAAUGCCCCCAUGACUGAAGCUGAGCGUGAAGAUGCUGAAAAGAAGAAAAAAAUCCGCGAAAAGGCCGGAGACCUCCUUGAUAGAGAGCAUGACGACGUCAAGCACAUGAACCAAAUGGUUUUAUAUUCAAAAAUCGUAACAGUGCGUGACGAGCAGCUGAAAGAAAAAAAAGUGAUUGAAGAAGAAAAGAAGCAAACAGAAGAACAGCUGGAUCUGAUGAUGGAAAUUGAAAGGCUCAAAGUCAUUAAAUAUCAUGAUGAAAGAGAGCAGAAAUGGAAAGAGGAUAUACCUAAAAAUAUAAAUAAUUAUUUUAAAUGGAUUAAUGAUGGCCUAUUUUAAAUAAAAAUAAAAAAAAAUUUAUUGUAAUAUAAAGCAAUUACUUUUUAAAAUUGGUAUAGAAUUCAAGGGGCAAGAGUUUUAGAAGAACAAAUCAAAGAGCGCGAUUUUAUUAGAAUGAAAGAGCAAGAGCUGCUAGAAAGAGAAAGGGCUCAGAUGCUAAAACAAAUUGAAGCAUUACAGGAAGAAGAAAAUAGACAAGCCCAAGAAAAAAUGCUGACUCAAAAAAAGCUGCUUUCAGAAGUUGAGCAGGCGAAUAAUAAAGCAAUUCUUAUUAAAGAAGCCAGAAAAAGGCAGGAAAUAGAAGAAGAUGAAAGAAUUAUGAAAUACAACUUAGAUAAAGCCAAACGAGAACAAGAACUCAUAGAAGACCAACUGAGGAUUAAAGCUGAAAAAGAACGAGAAGUCCAAAGGUUAAGAGAAAGACAAGAGCGAGCCAAAGACAGACAGUCAGAACUCGACGCACUCAGAGCUAAAAGAGCCCAAGAAGCCCAAGAAAGAGUAGAGAGAGAAAAAGAGUUCCAAGAAGCCCAAAAACUUGCCAAGAUUAACGCUGAAAUUGAAGAAGCCAGAAUAGAUCAAGCAAGAGAGCGGGAAAUUCGUAUGCUGAUCCAAGCCAAACAAGAGCGAGACGAGUUCGAAAGAAUCAUCCAGGCCCAAAAAGAAGCAGCUGAUAGAGAAAGGAUGACGGAAGAACAAAAAGCUCAAAUCAGAAAACAGCACGCAGAGCAGCUUAAAGCCCAAAUUCUUACGAAUGACGAAAAGAGGUCUCAAGAGCAGCGUGAAUAUCUAGAAGAAGGUAGAAAACUCAGAAAUGAAAUUGAGGACGAAAAGCACAAGCUUGAAAGAAUAAAACAAGAAAAACUUCAAGCUUUGAGAAAGGAUGGAGUCCCUGAAAAAUACACUGCAGAGCUGGCGAGGAAGAAAAUAACUAUUUAG